AUGGAGGCCCAUUACCGCAAGGUUCGAGACCUCCUGCUGAAGCCAUCGGGCAAGGGACGCCCCCCUAAAAUUCCCGUGUACUAUGACAUCUACGAUCGCAUUUUCGGCAACCGUACGAACGCUAUCCCUCCCGCCCUUGCAGGAAGUCUUCCUGGGGCCAACAUCAUCCGCACACCGCCUACAACCCCCGGGAUUACUGAUCAAGGUCCUACGACCGAGGGGUUGGGGUUAGGCUCCCCGCAUCCAGCCAUAGUGGCGCCAUCUUCGCCCUCUCCCACAUCAGAGCCGACGGCGCAGCCUUCUCCUCCCGCAACUACCCCUUCGCGCCACAUGUCACCCAAUGCAGCGGGUGCCUCUCCUCCACUCUCACGCGGAGUCGGGGCUUGCGCGGGUCUGUCGCUGCGCGGGAACUGGGUCAUCCGCUGGCCGAGGGCGGCGGCUGCAGACAACGAUGCCAACGGGACGGAGGCUGGAAUGCCAUCGAUAGGAGGCGGGAUGCCUGCUCGGACUCGACUCUGUGAUGAGAUUGCCUCACGUAUUGCCGGGACUAUGCGUGAUUUCAUGCGUGAUAAUAUUCAGGAAUUCAUGGUACUUACCCAAGAGCUGGUGCAAUCUGAUCAGGAUGCCCAAGGCGCCAAGGGGCGUAGAGAUACGCCGCCAGACGAGAGCGGCGGCGGGUCAGCCGUCAGCUCUGGGCGGGUAGUGCGGCGCGGUUGCCGCCGGACCCUGCUGCCACCAUCGAUUGCGUCCGCGAGACUCCUCCAUUCGCGGGCGCGCCCCGAGUACCAAGUCGAUGUUGUGCACCGUGAUGCAAGCGGCGACGUAGCGUGGAGCCCGGUAAAUGUCGUACUCGAGUCGACCGUCGAGCAGUCGCCACUUCCUCUUCAGGCGGCCGUUGACUUGCUCGACGACCAUGCGCGAGCAUGA